GACAGCCUUUAUCUGCUAAGUGCGUUCAACAUGUCAGACUUGAUUGACGAAUGAACUCCCUUGCUUGAGCACCUAAUCGCGGUACCGAUCUCCGCCAGUACAUUCGACUAUGAGCGAGCCUCAAGAAUUUCCAGUGCCAGGUCGUUUACUCCCGGUCUGCUGUGCGACGGUCGUUACUCCGGAGAUCAUCGACAAUCUGAUCACGAUCAGCGAGACAGACUCAAUGGAGAGCUUUUUCGUCAUCAUGGACAAAAUCACUGGUAUUUACAAUGAUCAGACCAAGGUCGGUGACUGGACCCAGCCGACUUCAGAAGAUUCGCCUUUUAUCGACAAGAGUCCCAUGGCAUGCUAUCUCCUUCUGCGUCAAUUGAUCUCAGACACGGAUUCGGACAUUAAUCAUGAGCACUUCGCAAUCUUCGAUGAGAGAACUCUCAGGGAUGGCUCAAUAGUGCUAGUAGAUGGGCCUUGGGGCAAAGGAGAGGAUGAAGGAGUUGCUAGGACGGUCCGAGUUGCGCCUGAAAUCGCACAGGAGCGGCUGCUGCUGUACAACAUAGGCGAGCCCGAGAUCGACGAGGACCAGGCAAUCGCUCAAGAGGCAGUUGACGGCGUGCUUCGUGUGGAAGCUCUGAUGAACCGGCCUCCGACAUAGCCCUAGAAACCAGUCCACUUGAUCAGUAUAAUCAUGUGUCGAACCAUCAUCAAAGCUGAAGCAGAGCGUUCGCUCGCUGGUCUUUCGCCCGCCAAGUUAAUCUAUGCAAGAUGGGCAGUCUUGACGAGAAUCUGCUGAGUUUCUUCUCAUCAGCGUGCAAAAGCCUGUGCGGGGCCACACAUGACAUCCUUGGAGCAGCAUGUACGCAGAAGCGAUGCCAUCGUCGCAAGUUGAUCCUUCUUAGUAGUGUGUAUUAGCCGAGUCUCCAAGGAGAGUGUCAUAACGUGUGAGGUGAAGAG